AUGGCCGUGUCGAGCAAAGACUUCUCAGCAGAUCCCAAGUUCACCUCGUUCUCGGCAACCGAUGUGACAUACAAGACGGUUGGCACCACAGCAGUCGAAGCCACUAUACUCGUCCCAAAGACUAUCAUCGAUAAGCCUGGGAAAUAUCCUCUCGCUAUUCGUUGGCAUGGCGGCUUCUGGGUUACCGGCCACAGACUCUUCCCAGAUUGGUAUCCGACCUGGCUACUUGACUUCUGCUUCAAACAUGAUGCAAUAGCCAUAGCACCUGACUACCGUCUCGUACCCGAAGCCAAUGGCCAAGAUAUCCUGCAGGACAUGCGAGACUUCUAUACCUGGUUACUUGAGCCUGGGAACUUGUCCAAGCACUUGCCAUCUGGCGUUGAAGCAAAUCUUGGUAAUCUGCUUGUGACAGGGGAGAGCGCGGGUGGCUGGCUCGCCUGGCAGUCCGCCAUCUACACACCAAAGAGUAUUGGAGCAACAGUAUUGCACUACCCUGUCCUCGAUCUUCGAGCACCGCACUUCACAGUGGCCGGGCCUAAGGAGCUCUUUCCUGGUGCGCCGGCGGAACUCCCCUCUCAUAUUCUGAAUGACUACGUCGCCAAGCUCAAAGGUGACGAAGUCGUGGGGAACGAUGAGAACCUCUCUCGCUUCCCACUCGUUUUGUCGAUCGUGCAACAAGGUCGCUUUGACGAGUUAUUUGGCACAGAUCGUUCCCUGCAUCCGCUUGAGCAAGUCGAGGACGGUGCGGUCACCUCUGAAUUCCCGUCAAUCUGGAUUCUGCAUGGGAAAGACGACACGGCCGUGCCUAUCGAAGGAACAAGGAAAAUGGUCGAGGCUCUGCAGCAGAGAGGUUUGGGGGAGGACAAGCUGCACUUGAGCGUCGAGGCUGGUGGCCAUGGUUUCGACAUUCAUGCUCCUGAUACGAACGAAGCGGCGACGUUGGAGACUGGAUGGGUCAAGGAGGGCGUGAGCUUCCUCAUGCGUUCUGCUAUCAAUACUGCGCGUGGUUAA